AGCAGCCUUCGCUGCUCGUGGAAGAGGAGGCAUCGGACGGAGCACUCCGGUCGUGGGUUUGCCGCAACCACGUUAUCUAAACCCUUGACGUAUGCCGGUCGACUCGUUUCACGUUUUCAAAAAAGUCUUCUCUGCCGCACGAUGGCAGAGCAUGUGAAGGAGGUUCCGGAGAGAAAACGGGACGAUUUCCUCAGAUGGGAAGACUACUUUAUGUCUCUGGCGAGUAUCUCCGCGAUGAGGAGCAAAGAUCCCAACACUCAGGUAGGAGCCGCCAUCAUCACGGCGGAAUUCAAAGUUGUCGGUCUCGGUUACAACGGGAUGCCGAUCGGCUGCCAUGACGAUAUCAUGCCAUGGGGUAAAAUGGGCAGCGAUCUCUCUGAGACCAAAUAUGGGUUCGUUUGCCACGCCGAGAUGAACGCCAUCAUGAAUAAGAAUACUCACGACAUCUCUGGGAGCACUAUGUACACAACUCAUUUUCCAUGUAAUGAGUGUGCGAAGCUUAUCAUCCAAUCGCGGAUCAAGCGUGUUGUGUACCUCCAUCACAAGAAGCCGCAAGAUCCGAUUUACGUUGCUGCGGCCUUCCUCUUCGAUACUGCUGGCGUGAAAUGCAAGAAAUUCGAAGCUGAGAAACCCUCGAUCACUAUCAACCUGUCCGAGAGGCCAUCUUGAUCGACAUGAACAUCCACAGCAUUCCUCCAAGACGGGUGGAAGAACUUUUCCCAAGCUAUGGUUCCAAGUACGAUCUCCUAUCUCCUCAAUGAAAUUAUGGAAAUGACAAUGAGUGAAACUUUGAAUGAAUGAUGUGAUUCAUAUUCUGUCUU